GUGGGAACAUGGUCUGAACUGGGGAAGGAGGGGGAGCUGUGAGGAUAAAAUGAUUCCAGGCAAUUGUAUCAGACAUCAAACUUAAUUUGUGGUUGCAUUUUAUCGAUUUGGGGUCUGAUCCUGCGAGUUGCUGAGCAUCCCUGACUCUCUUUGUAGUUUAUAAAUUGGAAUGUUUGGUUUCUUACAGGAUCAGGAACAUUCAAAAGGCAUUUGUGUAAAUAGAGCAAUUGGCUAACAAACCGAAUGGGGAGAACAAGUAUACUUAAUUCUGUGUAUAAGCACCUAUUCUUCUGUUACAUUUUGUAUGAUAUAUGUGGUUGAUAUAGAAUAAGACCUAGAAUGAAAUUAGAUAAUUAAAGCUGUAGGUGGUCUUUAGAUGCACACCUCUGUGUGUGUAGAGAUCAAGAUCAAUUUAUGGUUCUUCAGACUUUCUACCAGUAUGUCUGAGGAUCUCCUGUUAGCAUCAAUAGUAUGGUAAGGGGAGACUACAUCAGAGGGGCUUGGGAGUAUUUUUACACUUUGAAUCGUUGUCAUGGGCUUGCUGCUGAAUUGUGUACUCUGUUGAAAUCAGGAGGAGAGAACUAGGAAAUGAUACUGUUUUUGGAUAGAAGUGGAUUUGUCUUACUGGAGUAUGGUUUAGCUAGCUGGAAAUACGUCUUUCCGAAGUCCAUAACUAGUGUUCCAUAACAUUUUCCCUAACCCCACACCUCUCUGUGGAUGAAACAGUUGUACUGCGGAUAGGUCGCCUAUCCGGCACUUUUGACUGCAGACUUUUGUGAAUGUUUACAGACAUGUGUCAAGUUCUUCUUUCCCUUAUGUUUACGGGCACACUGGUUUUAUUUUGUUGGCUAUAAACCACAAUUUGAUGGUGCUUACAAGUUAUCCUGUGAAUAUAAGUGGGAGCAGAAUUUGGACCAUGGGAUUUUUAGUAUUUUUCCUUGGAAAAUGUACAUGAUUUUAAAGGCAUAUAGCUAAAUUAACUGUACUGGUUAGGAAGGGUUACGAUGCAGUAUAUAGAAAGGUCUUGCUUUGUUAGUGAAAUUCAGUUGUGCACUCCUCUAAUAAUGUUAGUACCUGUGGCAAUGUGUAACACAUCAUUGAAUAUCAUCUAUUUAAAGUAAACUCUCAAUCAUGUCAAUAGAGAUGAAUGAUAUUCAAUCCUGUGGUUAAAUUAAAAUGUAGAGGAUAUGAUACUGUAGAAAAGCUCUGCACCUAAGAGUUUUACUUUUUUAAAGAUGAAUUCUGCUGGGAGAUGUUGCUAAUGUAUUUUCUUUCAAGAUGUGAACAAACUUUUUUAGAACAUUAAUGGAAAUUCCUGUACUGGUUUUUAACACAGUUUUUUUUAAAUAAAAAAGUUUACAGUCAUGGCAAGAAGGCUUUGCUGACUAUUUACCUUAUUGCUUAAAAUAUAGAUGAAUAAACUUGUUUUUACUAAGACACUUCCUAAUGUUUGAUCCUACUUAUGCUGGGUUUUAUGAUGCUGAAUUAUCUAUAGAAUUAUAAAAUAGGUUUCCUAAAGAGUGAUAAUAGAAGUACUCGAUGAAGUGUCGUUUAGAUAGGAAAUCUAAGUAGUGUCCUUGAUGCUUUGUCAGUAUAGGGGUAGUCUUGCAUUUUCAUAAUCAAAUGUACAUAUUACUUUAAAGGAUGUUGCACCUUCACGUUUCUUAUUUUGUGAAAGAGGUUGAUUUCACAGUGAUUCUCCACUUUGAAAUUCUUUUAAAAUUAAUGCCUUACCUCUUGACUCCACAAAUCUGUGGAAAAAAUCUCAGCCAUCUUUCAGUACUCCUCAUCCUUUUUAUGAGCUGUUCUUAAUGAUUUGUAGAUCAGCUGGAAAAGAAGAAAAUAAAAAUGUAGGUAUCUCGUCAAGAGGUCUUUCAUCCUGCAGAUGUGAAUAUACGUGUAGUUCAAAAUCAGUAAUCAUUCUGUAACCUUACUGAGGUGCUAAGUUUGAUCACUGGUUUGAGCCCUACUUUCCCAAACAACCAAGCAAUCAAAUAAAAAGCUUAAGCUAACUUAGUUCACUUUGUAGUCAAAAUCAGGUGUCAAACAUCAUCCAUUAUGUAAUGUUUUAUCAAAAUGUAAGUAGUUCCUGUGUUGGUUUUUGGAAGCAUGUAUUGUGAGUGCUUAUGGAUUAUGUGUUUGAGGUGAGUUUUUUCCUAUUUGAACUUGAAACAUCUCAAGGGUACGUAAGAGACUGCGAAGCUUUGUUUCUCCCAAUUAAAUCAGGUGAGAACUAGUGAAAUUUCCACUUGUUUGAAAAGGAAAAGUUUUUCUACUGAAAUACUGUACUUCGUAAGUGGGGCCUACCUACUGGGAAAUGUCCUUUGUCAAGGGAAGAGUCUUCCAUGCGCAGCUGGUAUCGUGUCAGAUAGAAGCUUGUCAUCAGUCUCAGACAAGUACACAAAUUGGUUAAGAGGAUUAAACUAUCAACAGUUCCUCUCUAGAAUGGGCUCUCUUUUUUACUGAAUCAUGUUGAAUAGGACAUUGUAACUGGAACUUUUCAAUGGUUAGGGUUAAGGUAAGUUUCAUUUCAUUAAAAAGUCUCUCCUGAUGUAAAACUGUUUUUUAUUAAUUUUUCUCCUCAGGAAUAAAGUCAGUGUUCUGCAUUGCAGCAUGAAGCCAACUCCUGUGACCCAACCAUGGAAUUUCUGAAGGGGGUGAUUUGUCCUGAGCUCUUUCAUACUUACUUGAGCACCAUGUUUAAAGAGCCAGGGAGGAGUCUGGUCCUGAGGCAAAUGAUGCCAGAUCAUACACUGAUUAUCUUUGGAAAGGACUGUUGCUGAGUAACUCAAGUCUGGACUAAUUAUGGUUUGAUUGUUCAGUUGCUGGUUACUGCUGUAUUUCAGCUAUGCUGAGAGACUUCAAAGUCAGAUGCAAUGAAAUGUUAUUUGAAUAAAAUCUUUAUUCACAACAGCAAAGAGAGCCUAUUGGGACAGUGUUUGCAAAUACAAGUUUCUCUGUUUCAAGUGCUCUAAUUGCAGCUGUACUAAAAAUGAGAGAAACGGAGUAAUUGUUUUGUUGUCUUCUUCCUCUGACUUGCAGUGGAGUGAUGUGAGCUUGACUGGGCCUGGAAUGAAACUCACCACGAUGUGAGCAUUCUUACUCUUUUGUCAAUUGUCUGCCUCUCUUGGUUGAGAUGGAGGGAACCCAUUUGAUUGAUUCUGUCUUAUAUUUACUCAUGGUCUCGCAAAGUAGCCAGCGGUGUCAACACCUUCGUGUCAUCUCACCAUCUUCUUCUGUAGGGAGGCUGCUUUGCAGGGUGGUUGGACUCACUGAUCUCUAGAGGUCCCUUCCAACCCCUACAAUUCUGUGAUUCUGUGAUCUUCAGUUCUAGAAAGCUGAUACCGUUUUCAUACAAAAGGAGGAAGAGCAUUAUGGUGAUGUUCCUACAAGUAGCAAGAUGUUACUGGUAAUCUCCUCUAUGUUCUAAGGGAGGCAAAUGAGAAGCCCAAAGCAAAUAGGCUAUUGUCUGUUCUGGGUGGUGGGGGGCACAGAAUUCAGAGACAGGAAAGGAAUAGGUUGAGAAAUAUUUUGAGGGUGGCCAGAGCCCAGCACAUGCGAGAGAAGAUCUUCAAAGAUCAGAGAGAAGCAAACUGAAACUUAGAACUAUGUUAGAUGCAAAUCUCAUGUCAUGUAAAUGUCACGUCAACUGGAUGAUGGGAUAAGUGGACUGUAAAGGACCGGUCACAUAUUGCAAACAUAGCGGUUGGCGCAGGGAAAUGUUGGAGAACGGAAUGCUUACAGGUAAGCCACAAAUCAUCGUGUCUGACCUAAGCCUUUGUGAUGGUCCAGGAGUAGAAGUUAAAGGCGCUUGCUGCAUCAGCACACAUUGCAGAAGUACCGCACCAGCCAGCCAUCAGAACUACAUUCACCUACUGCUGUGUCCAAGACAGUCAGCUGUGCUGAAGUGGCUUCAGACUUGAGCUGUUUUGCUUUGUGCUACUGUACCAGGAUGGUCAGCAUUAGUGAACUUGCAGCUUGGAGGCUGCUUGAGUGCUCACGUGUUUUACAGGUGGAGACAUGAGGGCUGGCGGCUGUGUGUCUGCAUUCCCAGCAUAGCCCAAAGAGAAAUGAUUUAAGAUUGCCCUACAUUUAACUUCAAAUGUUUGAAACUGAGAGUGAAAGUGCAACAACCGAAGUUAACACAAAGUAAUACAGCGAUGUUCCUGUACAUCAAAGAAACACACCACCUGCUUUGGUCACCUUCAGGAGUUGUAUUUACAGGCACCUCAGGGACUUCUCAGUAAACAGCAGGGAGCAAUUACUUCUGUUAGCUUUGAAUGUUUUGCUCAUCUGUCUCAUGGUGUAAGCAGCUAUGAAGGCUGUAGUAUUCAAAUGGCCUGCAAUAAAUGAAGUUAUUUACCAUGAAACAGUUACUUCAGAAUAAUAAUAUGAGGGUAGUUCUGCAUGUUAGGUUUUCCUUUCUGAAAUAAUUAAGAGCACAUAUGUCUUUUACCUGCUCCCCUGUUAGUAGGUCUCCGUCAUGAUCAUCUCCAGUACCUGAAAGGGGCCUACAGAAAAGCUGGGGAGGGACUUUUUAUAAGGGCAUGUAGCGACAGGACAAGAGGAAUUGGUUUUACUGGAAGAGGGUAGAUUUAGACUAGAUAUUAGGAAUAAAUUCUUUACUGUGAGGGUGGUGAGACACUGGAACAGAUUGCCCAGCAGUGUUGUGAAUGCCCCUUCCCUGAAGAUGAAUAACCCAUCUGGGACCAAUGUGGUUACUGACAUAGACGAAGGCUGGUGUGAAAUGAAGCUGGAAUCAGAUCUUCCAAGAUGCUUGAGGUAAUGGAUGCCCACAGAAAGCAACCAAAGAAUUAAUGCAGCUAUAUGUCAAAGUCAUAGACUACAUAUGAAAAAAACACACCGUAUUUUCUUCUUAAAUAACAGUUCUGUGUCCUUUGAGAAGGCUGCUCUCUGCUGCUGCGGUCUUCCAAUAUGGCUUAGCCUAAAAUGCUGUGCUACAAUUACUACACAAUCGUUUGAGUUGGAAGGAGCCCCCAAAGGCCAUCUGGUCCAACUCCCCUGCAUUGAGCAGGGACACCUACAGCUCCAUCAGGAGCUCAGAGCUCCGUCCAGCCUGACCUUGGGUGUCUGCAGGGAUGAGGCAUCCACCACCUCUCGGGGCAACCUGUGCCACUGCCUCACCACUCCUAUUGUAAAAACUUCUUACGUCCAGUCUGAAUUUCCCCUCUUUUAGUUUGAAAGCAUUUCUGCUUCUCUCAGUUAUAUUUCUAUGCCCGCAUUGAAAGGAAAGUUUUAGAAAUGAAGAAAACUUAUUUGGGGAAAAGAAUGUUAAAAGCCUUUGGAGCUGAAGUGUUUCUGCUGGAGUUUUUUGGUUAUCUGGCACAAGGGGGUUCUACCUACUGUGAUGUGAAGUAUCAAGAAAUGUCUGAAGAUAUAUUCCAAACAGCAUGGGCACUUCGCCUAUUAAAAAGUGCACAGCAGAAGAGCUGUACUCAAUCCAUACACACUAGAUUUCUUCUCUUGCCUGCCACAGAAGACCAUGGAAUUACAUAAGAGGCAAUGGUGAUCCACAAGUCUUUGUUUCUGUAAACAUGCCCUCCUCACCAGGGUAACUGACUCCCAGAGGACUCCGAUACAGGAGGGGAUUUCUCCUUCUCUCCCUGUGCUUCCCCUUCGGUGCAUCGCAUGGGCGUUGUGCUGUGUCGAGGUAUGUUGCUGUCCUGCCUGUGAGGGGAUCAGAACUUCCCUGGAAUGAGAUGGAUCCCAUAGGAGAGACACCCAAGAAAAACAAUACAGAACAUCUAAUUGCUGACAGACGGGAAGGAAUUGGUGUCUGUGGAUGGAUCCUGGUUUCCUUAUCUUUCCUGUUGGUCCUCAUAACCUUUCCUGUUUCCAUCUGGGCAUGUAUCAAGGUUGUCAGAGAAUAUGAACGUGCUGUUGUGUUUCGGCUGGGACGUAUACUGUCUAAGAAAGCCAAGGGACCAGGUUUGAUCCUCAUACUUCCAUGUACAGAUACUUUUAUCAAGGUUGACCUUAGAACUGUUACGUGUAACAUUCCUCCACAAGAGAUUCUCACAAAAGAUGCUGUUACUACUCAAGUGGAUGGGGUGGUGUACUACAGGAUCCGUAGUGCAGUAUGUGCCGUUGCCAAUGUCAACAAUGUACAUUCAGCCACCUUCCUCUUGGCACAGACAACCCUGAGAAAUGUGCUGGGUACACAGACCUUGGCUCAGCUCCUGGCUGGUCGAGAAGAGAUUGCACACAGUAUCCAGGCUAUCCUUGACAGUGCCACGGAGCAGUGGGGAAUCAAAGUGGCUCGUGUGGAGAUCAAAGAUGUCAGGAUUCCUGUGGCCAUGCAGAGGGUGAUGGCAGCCGAAGCAGAGGCUACGCAAGAAGCAAGAGCUAAGGCUGUGGCAGCGGAGGGAGAGAUGAAUGCUUCUAAAGCCCUCAAGCAGGCCUCCAUGGUGCUGGCCGAGUCUCCAGCAGGUCUUCAGCUGCGCUACCUGCAAACGUUGACAACUUUGGCAGCAGAGAAUAAUUCUACUAUUGUCUUCCCUCUGCCUAUUAAUUUGCUUGAUGGUUUCGGGCAGAAAAAUAGAGGGGGAUAGAGAUUGAUCUACACUAGCUGCUUGGGCUGAAAGAUUUAAAGGAUUUCCCAGGAAGGAAGGGUUCCAGAUUACCAAAGUAGAGUAAAAUAAAAAUAAAAAACAGUUUAAUAACCACACACAGCUCCCCCAAGGGGAGACUGCCUUUGAGCAAAGAAAGUUGCAGAAUUCAGACACUGAGCAGUUUUAUCUUAGACACUUGAGAUGAAGAGGAGGAAAAUAUGUAAAAUGCACGUUAGAACUAGUAAGAAAAUUUAAUGAUGCUUUCACUGCAUACUGCAUGUGCUUGAGUGUAGCAAUUAUUUGGUGAUUUGUCUGCUAAGCAAGAACCUGUGAGCUCCUGAUGAGCUCACAAAUCUACUCUAUGCAGCAGAAGUGUUAGAUGCCGGUGCAUAAUUCAAGUCCCAUAGAGCAGAAGAAAGAAUUUGGCCAUAACCUUAGUAUGCUUAGUAUGACUUCUUAACUAUCAACAGAAUUACUGGAUAAUUUAUAUGUCAGUGGAACAGCUUAUUCUUUAUCACAGAAUCAUAGAAUGGCUUGGGUUGGAAGAGAUCUCAAAGAUCAUGUAGUUCCAACCUCCCUGCCAUGCGCAGGAUUGCCAACCGCUAGAUCAAGUACUAGACCAGGUUGCCCAGGGCCUCAUCUAGCCUGGCACAGAACAUCUCCAACCUUAGAUAAGUGAAAAUUAGCAGCAGCUUUACUGACCUUAUUUGGAUUUUGCAUAUCACUGAUAUUUCUAUGAGCUCUUUACUAAAGGGAUGAGAAUACAUAUGUCCGUGCAUUUCAAUCACAUUUCUUAUAUAUGAAAGCUGAUGCAAACCUCUGCAAAACAUAUUGUUCUAUGUUAAUUUAAGUGUCGCAUUUUCAUCCACAAGAGGUUUCUUAUCCUACCUUGCAGAUGUCAUGAAGUGGUGGUGCAGGUUUUCAUAGAAAGAUCCUUCCCCACCCUCCAUCCAUGCAAUGCUCUGCAGCUGAGUGGGGGGCACUCCUAAUACCUGAGUUUAGCCAGCACUAAUGCUGAGUUUAUGGCCUUCAAAAACAGCUGAGCUGUUCACAUGGCUGGCACACAACAGGCUACCUGUAUAUGAAUCUGAGGGCUCUUGCAGUGUAUGUGCUCUGGUGGAUGCUGCUGCUGUGUAUAAUGUCAAACACACAAAGCUCAUUGCUGCCCCUUCCAUACAGUAGUGUCAUUUAGCUCUAAAUUCAUGAGAUCAGCACAGGCCUACUAAUUAUAUUGUUGAUACAGGCCCAUCUUGUUCUGGCUGCAGAAUAACACAAGCAGUCCAGGUGGCAAAUGUUUGUACUUGGUGUCUUCUGGCACAAAGACAGCGGUAUGAGCAUCUGAGGAUGUUGACCUGCUCAGCAAACACAGCUUUUCAUUGCACCUCUUGCCUCAGAGAUGACUGCCAAAUGGCAUUUUGUUGGCAAAUCAAAGGUGAAAAGCCUACAUUCAAAAGUCAUCCUUCUUAACAUUUGCUGCAGGUGCUCCUAUUCUAAGAAAAGGGAUGUUUUGAAUUUGGGGGCUGUUUUUCAUUGUCAACUUAGUUUGACAUUUGUAAAAGCAUUUAUAACUACAGCAGGAGAAACCUCCUGCUUUUGCCUGACAAAUGUUGCAACUCUACUACAGAGCUGUUUGCCUAGCUACAGAAGCAGCAAUGCUUUAGAGAAAUGCAGCCAUAGACUGCACCCUUUCUUUCGAGUAGUGCAAAUUAAUUAAACUAUGGGAAGGAAAAGCUUGAAAGAUAUGUGACUACAGAGUACAGUUGGAAAACUGUGCCCUCAGUGAGCGGCCAGCACUAACAGCCCAUGCAGGACUCUGGGGUCAGGUACAU